AUGAUUGACAAUUUGUGGGAAACUGAUGAUUGGAAGGUAAAGUCAGAGAAUGCGAUGAAAGCGAGAGGUUGUGUGAAGUAUAAUCAUACGAGUGGCUUGAGAUCAUUUGCAUCGCGAGCAUCUAUCAUUGUACAAGGAAGCAAACCGACUAUUACGAAACUAUUCGAGGACACCCACAAACGUCACCGACAUGGGGGAGUGUGGAUAAAUAACACAGCUGAGGAACAUCAUGCCACUAUGGUUUCAAAGAUCGCUGAGCAAUCUCAACCUAGUGUCACACAUCCAUUGUCUGAGGAGCAGAUUUCCAGAGAAGUACUUGGGAAGAGGUCGGUCUACUUGAAGGGAUACGGGAUCCGCAAGGACAGUACUUCAUCUUCUACACAUUUUGAGGCUCCUAACUCCGAGGUUGUUGAGCGGUUCCAAGAAUUGUUUGGUCAGACAAAGUAUAAGGAGGCUGCAGAACUUGCUGCAGAGUCACCGCAAGGAAUUCUCCGCACUUCUGACACUGUUGCUAAAUUUCAGAGUGUUCUAGUGCAAGCUGGGCAAACACCUCCUUUGCUGUAG